GCGUUGCGGCGGGGACGCGGUGCGCGGCGGGGAGAGCCCCGAGCCCUGCAGGGGACCCUGUGAUGUCGCUGUCUUGUUGCUGGGCUUGAGGGACUCAAAUUUAUUGCACUGGGAUGUGUUUUUUCUGAAGCCGGCGUUGGGUAAAAGCAUAUCAGGGGCUGUUAGACCAACACGAUUUAGUGCCCCUCUGUGGUGGCCUUCUGAAAACCCCAAUCAGCCGUGGUAAAAGCAGAAAACUGCUGUUAAAAUUCACUGGCAGUUGGUGAGCAAAUGUUAGUUACUGCUUUGAAUCAUUUUAAUAAUUCAGAAAAAAUGGAUUUUGGUUUUUUCCUAUUAAUUUACAAUGUUAUGAGUAGCAUUCUUUUACUUAAAAGGCCUAAAUUGUGCCAACUUUUAUGCACUUUCUUAACUUCAGAUGUAUUUAUUUCUAUUAGUUAUAUUUAGGUAACUUUAAAAGUAGAGUUGUAUGCUUAACUUCGCAGACUUAAAGGAUUAAGGGUUAUGAUUUUGACAAAUUUUACUAUUAGCCAUAUAUUUUGUUUUGUGAUAAGUGUAAAAACAGAAAACAAAAGGCUACUCUAAUACGGGUUGGCAUCACAAAAAAAGCAUGUAAUCAAUUUAAUAAUUAUUAUAAAAUUUUUUAAACUCUGACUGUUGUAUGGUGUUUAUGACAUUAUACCAUGUCUCUGCUGAAGCUGUUCAAAACUACCCAGUUUUCCAGCUAAAUCAGUCUUGGAAACAUGAAAUUCAACUUUUGAGUGAGGGGGGAAAUCCUGACAAGUGUGGAGUUAAAGAUAAACGUGUGUCCUGGUUUGAGCCAGGAUGAAGCCAAUUUUCCUUUUUACUGAUUUUUUUUUUUACCUUCAGUGAACUUUCUUUUGACUAGCAACACUCUGUUCUAGCUAAGGCUGAUAAGACACAUGUAGUUUUCACUGAAGGACAAAAGGGAACUUUGCUGUUAACAGCAAGAAAUAUGACAGAGAAUCUGACAUGACAUAGUUGUGAUGAUGCAGCCACAGACUUAUCUGUAGGGAGAUAAGUGCUGCAUCCAUUCUUAACAAUAUUUAAUUUGUUACUGUUUUUUUGUUGGAAAAGUCUUUUAAAUAAUUCCUUGCCUCUCACACCUGUGGCCAUGUUUAAAUUGGCUUUUUUUUGGCUAAAAACACUUCACCUUUGCUUCUGCUGGUGACUGGUAGCAACAAUGAGAGUGGUGCUGGGAGGAAAAAAAAGAAUGGCCAGUGCUGAGGAGAACACAGCCCUGUCCGCUCAGAAAGACACACGCCCAGGAGGUGCCCAAGCAAAGAGGUCCCAGCGUGCUGAAGAAGCCACUUUUUACAUGAACUGCCGAGCAGCCUAUCUCAGUGUUCUGAAAAGCAGUUUGGAAAAUAUUAAAUCAAAAGAACAACUCAGUUUAGUACUUCAGCAGGCUGGAAGAAAUCCAUCUCAGAAGACAGUGGAUAAAUACUGGACUUCACAAACAGCUACGCUGAAUUUUGAUGAUUUUUGUAGUAUUUUAAAAGAAGAAAAACCAGCUACGAAAACUGAACUGCUGGAAGCAUUUGGAAAAAUAGACACAGAUAACACUGGAUAUAUUUUACAUGACGAACUUUAUAAAAUUCUUACAACGAGAGGUGAAAAAAUGACUCAGGAUGAAGUGAGAGCCAUUACUAAACAAGCUGAUUUUAACUGUGGUGGCAAACUUGACUACAACAAGUUUUGCACCUUAUACAUGACAACCAGUGAGCAGUGCUGCAAGGCUGCACAGGAGAGACUGGAAGUUGAUGGUCGAUGGAGGCAGCAGCAGUUUGGAAGUCAGGCUGAAACCUCCUCUGAAGGGAUCACACUGCCAGUGUCAAAGCCAUCACCAAGAAUCUUGAGGAAAACUGAUCACGAAGUAGCACCAGCAAAAGGUGAGAGCAGAACUCCCUCAAGACCCUCAUCUGCUCAGAGUUGCAAAGCAUCCAUUUCCACCACUCUCAGCAUGGGUGCCAGCAGCAACAGAAGCAAAAAGCUAAUUGAGCCAGACACAAUGAAGGAAUGGCAAUGUGCACAGUCCAAAGGAUGCUUCUACUUAGAAGAAGAUGGUGAAAUCAUUAGUCACAAGUACAAGCUGCACUUAGCUCAAAGGUCUACAGUGUGUAUCACCAUCAAGCCUUUACACAUCAGGCAGGUAGAAGGCAAGUAUUGCCACUGGUUGUCAGUGGAUACAGCUUUGUAUAUUCUGAAGGAAAAUGAAAGCCAAGAAAAUCUACAGCUUGUGAGCUUUACUGAGCAACAAAACAAAGAGGUGUUUGGAUGGAAAGGGGAGCUUGGAUCAGGAGUUUACUGGCUACUCCCAUUCACAACAGGCUGUAGGUUGAAGAAGGUAAAAACACAAAUUACUGGAGAAGCAGAACUGGUUUAUAGAGAUGAAGAUGGAGAACUGGCUCUGACCAAAGAGUUCCAGGCAGCUUUAUUGGAUAUAUUUGAAACAAUUGAUUUGGAUGGAAACGGCCUUUUGAGUUUGGAGGAGUACAACUUCUUUGAACUGAGAACUAGUGGUGAGAAAUGUGAUGAGGAAGCAUGGGCUGUAUGUAAGGAGAAUUUUGAUAUGAAGAAGAAUGAACUAACAAGACAAGGAUUUAUGGAUUUGAAUCUCAUGGAAGCCAAUGACCGGGAAGGGGAUCCUAGUGACCUUUGGGUCACUUUGUUGUCUCUGGGCUACAAUAAAGCAUUAGAAAUGACAGAGGCAUGUCCCUUUGUCAUUGACAUCUAUGCAGAAAAAUGCAAACCCAGAAUUAAAGCCAUGUAUCUAGAGGCAGGCAGCUGGCAACUCAACAGGGCUGUCUGCAAGUCUGUUGUUAGUAAAGGAGAGGCCAAAGUAAUGAGUGGCUGUGAAGACAUAAUCAUCUAUACCUACAAGGCAGGCAGGAGAAUCACUGCUGUUAUUGAAAAUAAGUCUGAAAACAAAGUGAUUAUUCAUGUCAACAAUGAGCAGAGUAAGAACUGCCUAAGUAAUAGGGGACUUACGGUUUUUGCUGUGGAAGUGGCACCAAAAUCCAUGAUGGUUUCUCAGCAUGUGAUGCCACUGAAUGAGCAGGAAGAAUGGCUUUAUAACUGUGUGCAUUCCCUCUUGUGUUAAGCAUUCUAGUUAGAGAGCAGUUUCUUGGUAGCCUUCACACUAAAUCAGGAGUAUUUUUUUGACAGUUUCUAGACAAUGUCUAGUCUUGUUCUUCUCAAAAAGCUGGAUAUUUAUGCUUCUCAGAGUUUGAUUUAAGGCCAAGGAAUCACAUAUGCAUUUCUGGUAUCACACCCCUGCUAAUGGCUUUUAGGAAACAUGGAUAGUGACACCACUGUAAGUAUGUAAAACCCUUUGAGACAAUCAUCACAUGUGAUCUAAUGAAAGAUACAACAAAAAUUAGUACUCUUCAGCAACAGACCUGACAGUUGUAAUGUAAUUGUGUUUUAGAAAGGCCACUUUCCCUAAAUAUGCUCUUAUUUUCUGUAACAUGUUACAUGUCAAAACUGUUUUACUGAGGAGAAACUUGCUUUGUUAAAUUGGUCUGAUAGAUUCCUAAUUGAAUAUUCUUGUAGUUUUGACAUGAGAAGUAUAAAAGGGUGGGGUUCAUGGUUUUAUCUUCCUACCUGAUAAAGGAUUUGGUUCUUUCCCCUUUUUUAAAAAAAAAAUUUGCUUUUUUUGCCAUUUGAUGAUAAUACCCACCUUACACUUAUUCUAAAUAAUUGCUGACUGGUUUUGUACUCUUUUAUAUAAAAUAAAGUCUGCUUUUUCAUAUGCCAUGAGGAAAUAACAUCAUUUGAGGAAAAUGAA